ACAGAAGUGCACUUCACUUCAGAGCCUCCUUCAUUCGCUCACACGUCACCUGAGGAACGCUGAGCUGCACACCUGCGCUGCUCGCUUGUGGCAAGAGGCUUUGCUGCCAAAGUCAGGUAAUAAAGUCUCUAUGGAAGGAGUGGCAGUCAUGGCUCAUACGUUGAGCUGGUCUCUGUUGUGUUUUGGUUUGCUGAGUGUUUGGGCUCAAGAUUUCUAUGAGGAAAAAAACGGGCCAACAAGAGUUAAGACCAGGGGACAGACGGCAGCUAUUUUGCAAAAAAAUGACGGUCAAGCCAUCUUGGAUGAGGAAUGCAGUCUGGAGUUGGCCUUCCUGCUGGACAGCUCUGAGACGGCCAAGGACAACCACCAGCAGGAGAAACAGUUCACUAUGGACAUUAUAGAAGGCCUCCAGAGCAUCCGCUUGGAUACAGAUCGCAAACUCAGCUGGAGAGCGGCCCUGCUUCAGUACAGCAGCCACGUCAUUAUCGAGCAGACCCUCAAACAGUGGAAAGGCUCGCAGAACUUCAAGAGCAGCAUCGCACCGAUGGCCUACAUCGGCCACGGCACUUACACCACCUACGCCAUCACCAACAUGACCAAGAUAUUUGUGGAAGAAUCGAGCCCAGAAAGCAUCAAGAUUGCCCUGCUCCUCACAGAUGGGUCUUUUCAUCCCAGAAACCCUGAUAUCUUCUCUGCUAUGGCUGACGCAAAGAACCAGGGCGUGAAAGUCUUCACGAUUGGCAUCACCCGUAGCGCCAAUGAACCUGCCAACACAGCAAACCUGAGACUGCUGGCCAGUACACCGACCACCAAAUUCCUCUAUAAUCUACAGGACACGAACGUCAUGGAAAAAGUCAUAACUCAGAUUGCUCAGCUGGCAAACGAUGGGUGUCCUCUGUCCCCAAAGUGUGCUUGCGAGAAGGGCGAGAGAGGACUCAGUGGCCCGGCUGGAAAGAAGGGUCGUCCAGGUGAGGACGGAGCCGCUGGGGCUAAAGGUCAAAAGGGUGCAGCUGGAUUGAGUGGACUUCCUGGUCGUGAGGGUACAGAGGGGAAACCAGGCUACAAAGGAGAGAAAGGUGAAAGAGGAGAAUGUGGCACUCCAGGAAUCAAAGGAGACCGGGGUCCUGAAGGUCCAGUUGGUACUCAAGGGUCCAGAGGCCUGCAGGGUUUACCAGGACCACAGGGUGACAUCGGACCAGAAGGCCCACAGGGAAAGAAGGGUGAGCGCGGCCCUGCUGGCCCACCUGGAAUUCAGGGCGACAGUGGAAUUGGACUUCCUGGACCAAAGGGCGAUAUGGGAUUUCAGGGGAGACCAGGUCCUUCGGGUCCACCUGGCAUAGGCGAGCCAGGUCUGUCUGGGCCUCAAGGGCCACAGGGGGUUCAAGGGGAGAAAGGACCACUAGGAGAGGGUUUUCCAGGUCCAAAGGGGGACCGUGGUCUGGAGGGGCCGAAGGGACCAAGAGGACAGCAGGGCACUGGAAUCAAAGGCGACAAGGGUGAGCUUGGGCCUCCAGGUUUACCAGGACCGAUUGGACUCCCAGGGCUUGGCAUUCAGGGAGAAAAGGGUGUUGAGGGUCCGAGGGGGCCUCCAGGAGGAAGAGGACUACCGGGAGAGGGUUUCCCUGGUUCCAAGGGAGAACAAGGUUUACCAGGAGAGAUGGGCACCCCGGGAGAGAGAGGGCAGGGCGAACCUGGACCAAAGGGUGAACCUGGUGCAUAUGGACUGGCUGGUGUACCUGGACUUCCUGGGGAGGACGGAGCUCCAGGACAAAAGGGUGAGCCUGGGGCAACAGGUUUGAGGGGAACUGAGGGGGCUCCAGGAAUUGGCACUCAAGGAGAGAAGGGAGAUCAAGGCCAACGUGGCAUUCGAGGGUUGCCAGGUCCUCCCGGAAUAAGUGGCCCUUCGGGACCAAAGGGAGAGCCAGGUACGCCAGGAAGGCUGGGCAUGCCAGGAUUACCUGGACGAGCUCUUGCAGGAUCAAAGGGUGAUGUGGGUCCCGCUGGUCCUCCCGGACCGAUUGGAGAGACUGGUUACGGUCUGCCUGGUCCAAAGGGUGAUCGAGGUAACCCGGGACCGCCCGGACCAUUUGGGCCUAAAGGUGAAGGAUUCCCUGGUCCAGUGGGUCUGCCUGGUUUACCAGGACCAUCGGGUGAGCCCGGCCCUGAAGGCAUUGGUGUUCCUGGACCGAAGGGAGACAUCGGAUUCAGGGGUUUGCCUGGUUUGCCAGGACCACCUGGUGAAGGACUGCAGGGACCACCGGGCAACAUGGGAAGACCAGGUCCUGCAGGACCACAAGGACCCCCAGGGGAAGGUAUUCAGGGACCCAAAGGUGAUCAGGGGGCUCCUGGAGUGACAGGGCCGAGGGGCCCAUCGGGAGAGGGACUUCCAGGCUCCAAGGGUGAUCGUGGUUUGCAGGGCGAGAGGGGCUUUAAAGGAAUGAAAGGUGACAUGGGUGACCCAGGGAAUCCAGGACUAGCUGGAAGACCAGGAAUCAAGGGCGAACAAGGGCUCACGAGAGAAGACAUAAUCAAGCUGAUUAAGGAGAUUUGUGGAUGUGGUAUUAAGUGCAAGGAAAGGCCCAUGGAGCUGGUGUUUGUGAUCGACAGCUCUGAAAGCGUGGGCCCGGAAAACUUUGAGAUCAUCAAGGACUUUGUCACAGCUUUAGUGGACCGCGUCACAGUGGGCCGUAAUGCCACGAGAAUUGGUCUGGUUCUUUACAGCUUGGACAUCCAUCUGGAGUUCAACCUGGCCAGGUAUAUGACCAAGCAGGAUGCCAAGAAGGCGAUCAGGAACAUGCCUUACAUGGGAGAGGGCACCUAUACUGGCACCGCCAUCCGCAAAGCCACACAAGAGGCCUUUUACAGUGCCAGGAACGGGGUCAGAAAAGUAGCCAUCGUCAUUACAGAUGGACAGACGGAUAAAAGAGAACCCGUUAAGCUGGAUAUGGCAGUACGUGAGGCUCAAGUGGCCAAUAUUGAGAUGUAUGCGCUGGGAAUCGUGAACACUUCUGACCCAACGCAGGCCGAGUUCCUGAGGGAGCUCAACCUCAUCGCUUCUGACCCUGACAGUGAACAUAUGUUCCUCAUUGAUGACUACAACACACUGCCAGCUCUGGAGUCUAAACUGGUUAGCCAGUUCUGUGAGGAUGAGAACGGGGCCCUUUUCUUCAACCGGAUUACCAACGGCUUGAACGGAAACAACGGAUACGGCUACAGCAACGGCCAAGAGGAUGUUUCCUCAUACAGGAAUAAUGUUUAUGGGAACAGAUUUCAGGAGAUUUCACAGGACAGAUCGCAGAGUCACACGAGAGGCAGAGGACACGGCAUACCUCUUCCCAUCAACCCUGGCCCUCUCAAAGCACAGGUGGAGAAUGACUAUGAAGGUGAGGAUCUAGACAUAAAGAUGCAACCUCAAGGUGGCAGCACUGUUGCUGUUGUCAAUAAGACUGUCCAACCUGUCCAGCCAGGAACCUCUUCAUCAUCAUCAUCAUCAUCAUCAUCAUCAUCUUCAUCAGUGUCAACACAUUCUACUUCAGUGAAUGUGAAUGCAAAGCCUCGUCCUGUAGUGAUAAAAGAAUCGGCUCCACUGGAUCCUCGAUGUUUGCUCGGUCUGAGUCAGGGCUCCUGUAGAGACUACGUCAUUCGCUGGUACUACGACAAACAGGCAAACGCGUGUGCUCAGUUCUGGUACGGAGGCUGUCAGGGCAACGACAACCGCUUCCAGACGGAAGAAGAAUGCAAGAAGACGUGUGUCCUCACCAGCACAGCAGGCUAAACGGGAUGAAGAUCUACACUGAAUAGUGAUAAUGAACUUUAUGCUGGUGAUGGUGUACACAUGCCACAGUGGUCACUUCUUUCUAUAAUAUCAUAAAACUGUUCCCUAACAUUAUGCUCAGGAUCUGGAGAAAAUGUUUAUGCAGAGCCCCAAAUAAGUCAGAAGAUUUUUUACAAGCAAGUACCUGAAACACAGGUGUUAUUAUGAAGCUUCAAACACACAUUUCUUAUAUUUCUCAGUAUCCUCUGAGAAUCUGUGCACUGCUCUGCAUGUGACAGUUGUGACAUGCAGAAAUAUUACUAACAACCUUCACUGGGAAUUGAUUGUAUAUAUGUUUUGUUUUAUUUAACAUUUAUAUACAAUUUAUGACUUGAGCAAAACCACAGACAUAUUUAGUAGGUUGCAGAAAUGCCAUAAAUUAUGUUUUAGGGAUUUUCUGGGGAUAUUAUCAUUUUGUAGGGAAUAAAGCAAAUAA